AAAAAAAAAAAACGAUCACCAACAGACGGUUUCAAGCUCCCCGCGACGGCAGCAGCCCCUGUUUCGGAUCGGCAAUGUUGAGGAUGGAUGUAGCCUGCUAGAAAAAAGACACCGGGGCACAGUGAGAGAGAGAACACUACUGCUGUGUAGCUAUGGAGAUCGUACGUGGUCGCUUUCUUUGACAGGUGUCGGAACCGGACUGAAUAAAAAGUAUCGAAACCAGCUUCAAGGAUGUACGCCAAGGGGAAAGGUGCUGUUGUGCCCUCAGAUAACCAAGCAAGAGAAAAGUUAGCGCUGUACGUAUAUGAGUACCUGCUGCAUGUAGGAGCACAGAAGUCUGCACAGACCUUCUUGUCGGAGAUACGAUGGGAAAAGAAUAUUACGUUAGGGGAGCCUCCUGGAUUCCUGCACUCGUGGUGGUGUGUAUUCUGGGAUUUGUAUUGCGCUGCGCCGGACAGACGGGAGAACUGCGAACACUCCAGCGAGGCCAAGGCCUUCCAUGAUUACAGUGCGGCAGCAGCCCCCAGUCCUGUGAUGGGGAAUAUGCCUCCUAAUGAUGGUAUGCCAGGAGGACCCAUGCCGCCUGGAUUCUUCCAGGUAAUACACCUCUUCAUCCCUCUCUUCUGCUACCUCCCUCGUCCCCCCACUUUACGCAUAGUUAAACUCCCUCUUGUCAUCCCUCCCUCCACUCCUCCAAGCAUCUACACCAUCCAUUACUUUAUUCCAUCUCUUCCUACAUCUCCUCACACUUUUUCACCUCCCUCUCUUUCUCUCCACCUCCAAUGAUCCCACACUCCUCUUCUCUCGCUCUAUAUAUAUAUAUAUAUCACACACACACGGCCAGACAGUGUGAUGGACAGCACUGGCAUUUGGCAGCAGCGACGAUAAGGUGGAGCGGGGAGAGAGAAGGGCCUCAAUGUGUUUGUUUCUGUGGCUACCACUUCAUUGUUAGUCUAGAGAGAGAGAGAGGGAGUGGAAGAGACCUAGAGAGAGAGUGGAAGAGACCUAGAGAGAGAGAGAGAGAG